GGCAGUUUAGCUCUUUGUUUUUCUCCAAACAAAUCGCUGUUAAAAGGUUUAAACGGGUGAAGUCGAACAUCGUGCAGCCAAAUAUUAUUCAGCUAAUGAUAAAGUCGACGGUUAUGGCCGAUAAAAAUGUUUGUGCGGACAAAGAAAAGUCUUUAUAUCUGACUCAGGUUCGGUAUCUGGACGAGCAGUUGGAGAGACUGCAGCUGAAAUGCGACGAGCUGACCAAACACAACCAGAAGCUCCUCAGCCAGAUCAACGCUCUGCAGGAGGACAAGAAGGACAUCUGCGACUACCUGCAACACUCCUCAGCUGCCAAAGACGAGAAGGCGGCCGAGUUGGCUGAGCGGCUGGAGGUCCGUCUGCACAAUGACAAACAGAAGCAGGAGGUUCUGGAGCUGCAGCUCAACCAGCAGCAGCAGAACCUGCAGGAGGAGGUGGACCUUCUGCAGGCAGAGUGCAGGAAGCAGGAGGUGAGUGAGCAGCAGCUGUUUCAGCAUCUGUCUGAGCUCCAGAGUCUGAGGAAGCAGCUGGACUCUCAGAGGGAAGAACGAGAAGCAGCCAAACAGAACCUGUGUUUUGCAGAGCUGAUGGAGAAGACGAACCAGGUGAAGGAGUGUUGGAUCAACGCUCGUGAUGACCUGCAGAGGAAGAUGUUGGCUGCAGCCGAGGAGGUGAAGACUCCACACACAGAUUUAUUACAGGAGGUCAAGGUUCUGCAGCACAAGAACCAAACUCUGUGGAUGGAGAAAGACUCGGUGGAACGUAGAACGACCGAGCUUCAAUGCCAGAUAGACGGCAUGAAGAAGAACCUCCGGCUGGUUAGCAACAGCGUCAGCAAUCUGCAGCAGGAGGUGGAGAAGUGGAGGAAGAGAUGGCAGCAGCUGAGGGUUAAAGUGAAGAAAAGCUGCAGCUUCCAUCACAGCAUGUUGGACCAAGAACAGACUCUCAGACAGAAUCUGAUCUCAGUGUCUGAGAAUCAUCAUCAGAAAGCAGCAGAGAUGGACAAACUGAAGGUCCAGCUGAAGGAGGAGAAGAUCUGCAGGAGGCAGCUGGAGGAAGACGUGAUGGAAGCAGUUACUAUUCUCAGACACAUUGUGACGGACUCAGAGACAGUUCCAGAUGCUGAGCAGAUGUUGCAGAAGCUGAAGAAGAUCUUCCAGAAAACCCGAUCCGUCGUCAGCGACCCGACCGAGGAGAUGAGCAGAGGACCAAAGCUGCAAACAGCUGAAGCCAAACCAGAACGAAGCUCACGGCUGCUUUGUCUGAGGAGCUCAUUCAUCCUGUUCCUCCUCACAGCUGCGUGUCCCUGUUUAUGCUGCAGUGAUCCGGUGUUCCUGAUGGCCCGGUACAGACCAGGAGACUUCGGCUUCAUCCCUCGACCCGCCUGGAGCCUCGGAGAAACCGAGGACGAACAUCAGAGACAGACCAACCAAAUCCAGCCAGCAGGAAGGAAGAUUCAUUAUUCCUUUCAAAAUAAAGAUUAAUGUCAGUUUAAUCCUGCUUCAGACUGAUCAGUUAUCUGUAAUAAAAUAGCUUAAAUGAAUAGAAAGUCUUUCAACACAGAAAUGCUCAAUAAUGUUGCAAAUGG